ACCAGCGCCCGGCGGCCCAAGCCCACUCGGACCCCCAAUUCUGCAGCAUCCAGCGGCACGGCUGGGCCCUCGGGCUCAGCUGGGCCCUGGGCCCCAGCCUCUGCCUCCGGCGGGGAGAUGAGCAGCAGCGAGCCCAGCACGCCGGCUCAGACGCCGCUGGUGGCCCCGGUUAUUCCAACUCCCUCCCUGACCUCUCCGGUGGCCCCUCCGGUUCCCUCGCCCACAAAGGAGGAGGAAAAUUUGCGUUCUCAAGUCAGGGACCUGGAGGAGAAAUUGGAGACUCUGAAGAUAAAGCGAAAUGAAGACAAAGCGAAGCUGAAAGAGCUCGAGAAGUACAAGAUCCAGCUGGAGCAGGUGCAAGAAUGGAAGAGUAAAAUGCAAGAACAACAGGCUGAUCUCCAGAAACGUUUAAAGGAGGCCAAAAAGGAAGCCAAAGAUGCCUUGGAAGCCAAGGAGCGCUACAUGGAGGAGAUGGCAGACACUGCCGAUGCCAUUGAAAUGGCAACCCUGGACAAGGAGAUGGCAGAAGAGCGAGCAGAGUCCCUGCAGCAGGAGGUGGACUCCCUAAAAGAGAAGGUGGAAUAUCUCACGAUGGACCUGGAGAUCCUGAAGCAUGAGAUUGAAGAGAAAGGCUCGGACGGAGCAGCAUCCAGUUAUCAAGUCAAACAGUUGGAAGAGCAAAACGCGAGACUCAAGGAAGCUCUUGUAAGGAUGCGGGACUUGUCUGCAUCAGAGAAGCAGGAGCAUGUGAAGCUUCAGAAGCAAAUGGAGAAGAAAAACACAGAGCUGGAGUCCCUGCGUCAGCAGAGGGAGAAGCUUCAGGAGGAGGUGAAGCAGGCAGAGAAAACGGUUGAUGAACUAAAGGAACAGGUGGAUGCUGCUUUGGGUGCUGAAGAGAUGGUGGAGACUCUGACGGAGAGAAACUUAGACCUGGAGGAGAAGGUCCGGGAGCUGCGUGAGACUGUUGGAGACCUGGAAGCCAUGAACGAGAUGAAUGACGAGCUGCAGGAAAACGCCCGGGAGACAGAGCUGGAGUUACGGGAGCAGCUGGAUAUGGCGACGGCGCGGGUCCGCGAGGCAGAGAAGCGUGUGGAGGCUGCGCAGGAGACCGUGGCUGACUACCAGCAGACCAUCAAAAAAUACAGAGAGCUGACGGCACACCUUCAGGACGUGAACCGAGAACUGAUGAGUCAGCAAGAAGCAUCUGCUGAGAAACAGCAGCAGCCUCCUCCCGAGAUGUUUGACUUCAAGAUUAAAUUUGCAGAGACAAAAGCCCACGCUAAGGCGAUCGAGAUGGAGCUGCGGCAGAUGGGAGCGCCGGUGCUGCUGCUCAUCCCUCGGCUCAUCUGCAAGGCUGAGCUGAUCAGCAAACAGGCUCAGGAGAAGUUUGACCUGAAUGAAAACUGCGCAGAGCGCACCGGCCUCAGGGGUGCUGCGGGAGAGCAGCUGAGCUUCGCCGCCGGGCUGGUCUAUUCCCUGAGCCUUCUGCAGGCUACGCUGCACAAAUAUGAACAGGCCCUGAACAAAUGCAGCGUGGAGGUGUAUAAGAAGGUGGGGAUGCUGUACCCCGAGAUGAGCGUCCAUGAGCGCUCCCUGGACUUCCUGAUCGAACUGCUGCACAAGGACCAGCUGGACGAGACUGUCAACGUAGAGCCGCUGACCAAAGCCAUCAAGUACUACCAGCAUCUGUACAGCAUCCACCUGGCUGACCAGGCUGAGGACUGCACGUUGCAGCUGGCCGACCACAUCAAGUUCACCCAGAGUGCCUUGGACUGCAUGGGGGUGGAGGUGUGCCGGCUGCGAUCCUUCCUCCAGGCUGGGCAGGAGGCGUCCGACCUUGCCAUCCUCCUCAAGGACCUGGAGACCUCGUGCAGUGACAUUCGCCAGUUUUGCAAAAAGAUCAGGCGCCGCAUGCCUGGGACGGACGCUCCGGGUAUCCCUGCGGCACUGGGCUUCGGGCAGCAGGUGUCGGACACGCUGCUGGACUGCCGCAAGCACCUGACCUGGGUGGUGGCCGUGCUGCAGGAGGUGGCCGCUGCUGGGGCGCAGAUGAUUGCUCCUCUGGCAGAGAACGAGGGGCUGCUGGCGGUGAAGCUGGAGGAUCUGGCCUUCAAAGCGAGCGAGCAGAUCUACGGCACCCAGGGCAUCAACCCCUACGAGUGCCUGCGUCAGUCUUGCAGCAUCCUCAUCGCGACCAUGAACAAGAUGGCCACGGCCAUGCAGGAGGGAGAAUACGAUGCGGAUAGGCCACAGACCAAGCCCACCCCACCUGCUGACCUACGGGCAGCGGCUCUUCGGGCAGAGAUCACUGAUGCCGAGGGGCUGGGGCUUAAGCUGGAGGACAGGGAGACAGUCAUCAAAGAACUGAAAAAGUCCCUCAAGAUCAAGGGCGAGGAGCUCAGCGAAGCAAAUGUGCGGCUCAGCCUCCUGGAGAAGAAGCUGGACAGCGCGUCCAAGGAUGCAGACGACCGUGUGGAAAAGAUACAGACAAAGCUGGAUGAGACCCAGACGCUGCUCAAAAAGAAAGAGAAGGAGUUUGAGGAGACCAUGGAUGCUCUUCAGGCAGAUAUCGACCAGCUGGAAUCAGAGAAAGUGGAGCUGAAGCAGCGCUUGAACAACCAGUCAAAGCGAACCAUCGAGGGCCUGCGCGGUGCCCCUGCCUCUGGAGUUGCCUCCAUCGUGUCUGGCAUUGCCGGAGGUGCGUAA